AUGAAGGGAAAGACCCCUGGUGUGGAACACAUAUUAAAGAUGUGCUACUUGGUACAAGGAAGAGAAUUUGUCCAUUUGGGGGAUGAAGGGUUGAAGGGGAAGCAGUGGUUUUCUGAAGCCACUAUUAUGGUGUCAGGGGUGAUCAGUGAAAGAUUCCAAGGUGCUAUGUUCUUGGCUGUCCAACAUGACUGCAGUUCUAUGGACAAAAACACUGGUAGCGGGCCAAAGAGCAAAGAGAAGCGAGAGAAGAUGAAGUGGACCCUUUUAAAAGAUUGGAAGGCUUGUUUGAGCUACUUCUUGCAAAAUUCCUCUACUCCUGGGAAACCCAAAACUGGGAAGAAAAGAAAACAGCAGACUCUUAUCAAGCCUUCUCCUGAAGAAGCACAGCUAUGGUCAGAAGCAUUUGAUGACCUGCUAGCCCGUAAAUAUGGUCUUGCCACAUUCAGGGCUUUUUUAAAAUCUGAAUUCUGUGAAGAAAACAUUGAAUUCUGGCUGGCCUGUGAAGACUUCAAAAAAACCAAGUCACCCCAAAAGCUGUCCUCAAAAGCAAGGAAAAUAUAUACUGACUUCAUAGAAAAGGAAGCUCCAAAACAGAUAAACAUAGACUUUCAAACCAAAACUCUGAUUGCUCAAAAUAUACAAGAGGCUACAAGUGGCUGCUUUACAUCUGCCCAGAAAACGGUAUACAGCUUAAUGGAAAACAACUCUUAUUCCUGUUUCUUGAAGUCAGAAUUUUACCAAGACUUGUGUCAAAAGCCACAGAUCACUACAGAGCCCCAUGCUACAUGA